CUACCGCCAUGUUGUCGAGGGGCGGACUGCAGCAGCUCGAGCGAGAGAGCGCUCGGCCGUUAGCGGGGGAAACGCCCAGAAGCUUCUAGGCGCCGGCGCGCGGGUGCGGCUGCGGAGCUGCCAUGAAGGUAAUAUGCCCAACAAUGAGAAUUCUUUUUGAAGAAAGGAAAUGAUUUCACUAGAAGACCCACGACACACGUUGAAAUAUACAAAGAUUUUGAGUAAUAUUCCCAACAAUAGCUGUUGAAUUAAAAAAUUAUAAAUACCAUUUGAGUUAUUGAAAGAAGCCUUUUCUACUAGAUUUCCUUUUGACCGGGUUCAUCAUGACUACAUCAGCUAUUAGACGGCAAAUGAAAAACAUUGUAAACAACUAUUCUGAAGCUGAAAUUAAAGUACGUGAGGCAACCUCCAAUGACCCUUGGGGACCUUCUAGUUCCUUAAUGACUGAAAUUGCAGACUUAACCUAUAAUGUAGUAGCAUUCUCAGAGAUAAUGAGUAUGAUAUGGAAACGUCUCAAUGAUCAUGGCAAGAAUUGGCGACAUGUUUACAAGGCUCUUACAUUGUUAGAUUAUAUGAUAAAAACUGGAUCAGAAAGAGUUGCACAACAAUGUAAGGAAAACAUAUUUGCCAUUCAAACUCUGAAAGACUUCCAGUAUAUUGAUCGGGAUGGCAAAGAUCAAGGCAUAAACGUACGAGAAAAGUCAAAACAGCUUGUCACUUUGUUGAAGGACGAUGAACGGCUCAAGUCAGAGCGAGCUCAGGCCCUUAAAACAAAAGAGCGUAUGGCUCAAGUAGCCACAGGAGUAGGAAGCAAUAAUCAAAUUACUUUUGGUCGUGGGUCUAGCCAACCUAAUCUGUCCACAAGCUAUUCAGAACACGAAUAUGGAAAAUCAGGAGGAUCACCUGCUUCAUAUCAUGGUUCAACCUCUCCACGUGCUUCGUCAGAAUUGGAACAGGCUAGACCACAAACCAGUGGAGAAGAAGAACUUCAGUUGCAGUUGGCUUUAGCCAUGAGUAGGGAAGCAGCGGAACAGGAGGAUCGUCUUCGUCGUGGUGAUGAUCUUCGACUUCAGAUGGCCUUGGAGGAGAGCCGCAGAAAUUCAGCUGUAAUAGUGGGUAGCACAGCUCCAAAGAAGAAAAAGGCAUCCAUGGUUACCCUCAUGGAUCCCUUGCCAACUGCAGCAACACAAAAACCUGAUAUCUGGGAAGUAUCUGUCCGACCAGUUCAUAUAGAAAAAUAUGACCCGUGGAGAGAAGCAAGCAGUCCAGUAGCAUCAGACCCUUGGCAAUCUAUUGAUACCAAACCGACUGCUGCUGUUGAUCCUUGGGGUGCUUCUUUAUCUGCCACACAAACACUUCCUAAAAAUAAUGAUCCAUGGAAUUCUUCGCAGAGCACCUCUGUCCUGAAGCCUUCAGCUGAUCCCUGGGGACCAGGUCCUUCAGCUGAUUCUAUUUCUGGUAGGCCUAUUGAAUCAUGUGAAGGUGGUACAGCUUUUGACCCAUUCAGCACAUUAAAUGGUGCAGCAAAGGAUGACUUUGCUGAUUUUGAAGACCUUCGAGCUUCAUCAAAAAAAACAGGUGAGACUGACAUGUUGGGAGGAAGCUCUAAACCCAGUGGUUCAAUUAGUCCAGAUUUAUUUGAUGCUCAGCUUACUAGUUCAGUGCCAUCAAAGCAGACUGCAGCUCGAAAAACUCCAGAGUCCUUUCUGGGCCCUAAUGCAGCUUUGGUGAAUCUGGAUUCCCUGGUAUCCAAGCCUGCACAACCUUCCAGUAUAUCUAAUCCUUUCCUGGCUUCAGCAUCAUAAAUGAGGCCUUGCUGAGGUGAACUGAAAUGUACUCUUGGAGAUACAGUAUUGGAUAACAGCAUUGCUGAAGGAAAUAAGGGAAGUAAAUCCCCUACUCUUCAAGUAGAGUUAUGUGACCUUUUACAUCCCCUGAGAAGGCAGAAAGACCUCUUGUUUAAUGUCUCAUCGGAAAUAUGGCACCUCCGACAGUACAGCACUUGCUUAGUUCUGCACUGGAGCUUGGAUUUUAUGCUCAAAUCACUGGAUUGUGGCUUUUAUGGUUUCUCAUCUGUCAGUUGUAGUUUGUAUUUUGAGUUCUACAAUCGUUUUGGGGAAGUUGGUGAAAUUCCUUUUUGAAAGGUUGUAGGAGCAAGUGAGGAAAUGAAUGACCCAAAAUUAACCACUGACGUAGCUAAAUAUGCUGAGCCCUCAGGGUCAUCCUACUUGCAUUUCUUUUGCACUCAAUUUCAGAAGAAUAGAUUGACAAAAGAAAAUAUGAAUUUUAAACAUCAAAAUCAAUGUAUCAGUCUGGGUUUUUACACAUGUUAAAUGUAAAUAGAAAAUUGUUCUUCACCCAGCUAGAGGUAUCUCCUAAUAUGGAGACAGGAUUGUCUGCUUUCUGCAGGGAUUUUGUUGCUUCUAAAUCACAUGAAGGUUGUUUGAUGCUGUGCCAGACACACAAUUUGGAUAGCUUGACAUUGUUUACCCGUUUGUACUUGCAAGCUACAUUAUGAUAUACUACAAACUCAAAUGCACUCAAAACCUGGUUUUUAAUGUAAGUCUUGAGCUAUUCCUGAUCUGAGGCAAACUGAUAUAAAAGAAAUUUACAUUU